CCCAACAUGCCUUCCAUAGGCCCGAGUGAUUCCGGUUAUGCAUAAUCAUACAUAUUGUACAAGUAAUGUUCCUAUUCAUACGACAGAGAAGUUAAGGGAAGGCCUAGUAUAAGUAUGUGCUCUACCCAAUAGGGUGCAUUUAAUGGACUUCAACUAAGCAUUUUUUUGGUAGUUCCUACUGAAGUGCAGUUGUCACUUAGGCCUUACCUUAGCAAGACCUAUGGGCCUACUGCCCAUCGUCAGGAAUGUCAAUGUGUGGUGAAUUCUGUUUAAGCAAAAUAAGGCAGAAAAUACUUAUUUGAUGGCAAAUGAUUAUUUUUCUAUGGAAUUCAAAUAUAAAAACGCUCACAUAGUGAAGACCAGGGAAAGCUAUGUAUCAUGGUUUGGGAAUGUUGCCCAGCUUUUACUUCAAUAUAUCUGUGGACACUUUCUUAAUGCUGGAUACCUGACACGUCUAAAAAUGGAAUAAUAUCUUUUCCUUUUCACUCAUCAUUGUGGGAUGUUCGGAGAAGCGCUCACAAAUAUUUUGGAAUUAAUAAGCUUAUGUUGUAACCAUGGAUUUUGAUUUUGGAGUUAAUUAGCUAAGGCCGUUACCAUGGAUUUUGACCUCAAUGAUGAUUAUAUAGAUCUUUCUGUUGGCGAAAGCCACCACACCCAAACCAGCCACUGGGUGCCCCCCUCGGACCACUGGGAUGCCAGUAAUGGUCUGCCCUAUGGCUGGGAGGAAGCGACAGACAAGGGUGGCAAACCCUAUUACAUAAAUCAUGUGACCCGCAUAACGACCAUCGAUGAUCCUAGGGACGAGGGUGAGAACGUUGAGACGCCACAGCCGCGGGAAGUCGAGCUAACCCGAGAUCCUCAACUAGGCUUCGGAUUUGUUGCCGGAAGUGAAAAGCCGGUCAUUGUCCGUUUUGUCACAGAAAGUGGUCCUAGCGAAGAAAAGCUCCUUCCCGGUGAUCAGAUCUGCGAGAUAAAUGGCGAGGAUGUGAAAAAGGCACCGCGGGAAUACGUGAUUGAUCUCAUACGAUCUUGCAAAGAGUCCAUCAACCUGACAGUGUGCCAACCUUUUGCUGACAAUUCCAACAGAAAAUCUGCCAUUCUGACAGCCGCCAAGAAAGCCAAGUUAAAGUCCAACCCCUCCAGAGUCCGAUUUGCCGAAUCCGUCACGGUUAACGGUGACAAGAUCCUCACUCAUCCGUCCAACAACGAGAGUUAUGUCCCAUUUAUGCCAAAUGUCCUCAAGGUUUUCUUAGAAAACGGACAAACCAAGUCUUUCAAGUAUGAUAGUAAAACAACUGUUAAGGAUGUGCUGUACUCUCUCCAAGAGAAACUGAGUAUUGUGUGUAUUGAGCAUUUUGCACUGGUGCUACAAGACAUGAGGUCGCCCUCUCACGGCAAGAUGAACAUUCUCAAGGAGGAUGAGACAUUAUCAGAGAUUGCGUCACGUCCUGGUGCCCAGCAUUUCAAAUGUCUGUUCAGGGUGGCGUUCGUUCCAAAGGACGCCUACGACCUGGUUAACAAGGACACAACAGGAUUUGAAUAUUUCUACCGACAGUGUUGCAAUGAUGUAGUCCACGAACGCUUUGCCUCGGAAUUGAAAUAUGACGUCGCACUUCGACUUGCGGCUCUUCAUAUACAGCAGCACGCGCUUAGUAAAAACAUUACGGGGAAAUUAUCGAUUAAAAGCAUCGAAAAAGACUGUGGCCUGGAUAAGUUCGUCUCGCACUCUCUAAUCGAGAGCAUGAAGGGAAAAGAUCUCCGCAAGAUGAUUGGCCAUUACGUCAAAAUGAACCACAACCUCGCCCCAGGACAAAAACAGUUGACUGAACUACAGGCCAAACUGCACUAUAUGAAGAUAGUCGGAGAGCUAAGGAGUUUUGGAGGACGGUGCUUUAUGGUCACAUUGGUGGAGAGAAAAACUGAAGCGAUGGUGCUAGUCGGGCCGAAGUGUGGAAUAAGUGUCGUGACCAGUAUUAAAACAAACGCUAUCAGGGAGGUGUUAUAUUCUGACUUUCUGCAUGGUUUGGCAUUGAUAGCUCAGUUUGAAGAUAUCGACAGCAUCGUGAUAAGUAAAGAGAGUGAUUCUAUGCAACAGGUGCAGAUUACACUAGACGAGUCACAAAAUCAGCGACAGACAACUCUGUUGAUGAUGAACACAGACAUUCAGGAUUUCAUGGCGCUCGUGGAAGGAUAUUAUAAGCUCUUUGCCGACAAAAAUAGGAAUAUAUUCGUGGUCGUCCCGGGAAGUUUUGAUUCAAUGCAGAAGGAACACAUUCCACCCUACCACGCUAAGCAUAACGUCAUCCCGGACAAAUGGAGUUACGUGACUGACGACGACGCGCACAUCGUCAACCCAGACGCGGAGGAAAAUGGCGUUGGGAAGGAAAACGAUAGGUUAAUCGACUUAUCAAAGGGGCCACCAGAUUACCAUGAUAAUCUGGAUUACAUAUCAAAGAUUAAGGAAGAAUUAGGAAUUAAGGGCGAACAGUUCAAAUUAGGCAUCUCAACUCGUUCCGUUCACCUUGAGGUCACCGACGCCAUUACGUGCGGCGUAGGAAUCGUGACGACAGGUGUCCUCAACGCCAAUUCUCCGCCAUGUGACCAAAACAAGGACAAUCUUGCCAAUGAGAUUAUGGCUGCCGUCAAUAAUUAUGACAACGCCCAAAAACAUCGAACAAUCGUGGCACAAGAAAUAAACAAUAGUGAAAAAACUGAUUCAAAUACUGACAACGAUUCAAUGAGUAGCUCAUCAACUUUGCAUCGUCUUCAAAACGAGGCCAGAAGUAUUGAAAGUGACGUCAGAACUGACUUCACCGAUGUCAAUGGUUUUAAUUACAAAGACAAUCAUAAGGAGUAUAAAAAUCAUCUUGAUAGCCGGGAUGAUAUUUCUGAUACGGAGUCUGAGACUGCUAGUGAGCUGAUGGAUGGGGAGAGUGAUCCGCUACUGCAGCCGGACAAAGAGACGUACAUGUAUCGUUUAGAUGCUAAGGACCUGACGUCAGUCCCUGGCUACCUGCACUCGGAAAGUGAUGACACGGACAGUUACAGUACGCCGACGGACAGCCCGUCUAAGAAACGAUUGGAGUCUUUGAAUUUGGCGCCCACAUCCUUGAACCCUCUACAUGCUGAUCUUCAACGUCCCCACAGCUUUGGCCUUCACAGUCCUGACCAACUUCCACGAACAGAGCGGGACUUCAAGAAGAUUGCGGCCAGCUUUGGUCUCCACAGCCCGGAUCAACUUGACCAGCUGGAUGAUACAUUCAAGAAGAAGGUUAUAUCAGAAGGAGGGCUCUACGUGGAGGCUGAUCUCAUUGAUCUGACCUUAAUCCCACCCCCGAAGACACCGGACCAGGAGCGUCUCAUUGACUUCACCGAGGCAGCCAGUAUUCCACCUCCGGGGUUCACGGAUGAAGAGGAAGCUACAAAGGAAGAGGUGUUGGUGGCGACAUCUAUGGGCGAAGUAGCUGCUGCGCGGGAACCGGAGAAAGAACCAGGGGACAGCGAAACCGAUUCUGGGAACGAGACUAUCUCAUCAGAAAAUAUCGAACUAUCCGGCACAAUCAACGAUUUCUUAUCAGGGCAGUCGGAAGUGUCAUUAUCCUUGCAACCGAAACCUCAACCAGAGACAGAUAUCGAUGCGUUAAUUGCCAAACUGACGGUCCCUCCACCGCCUAAGGAUAUUUCUUUGAUAACAUUGGAGGACGUUUCACCGGAGGAACGUUCGUUUGAAACAAGUAGUACGGUUGUUUCGAAUAGUUUAGACAUGGAGGUAUUGGAGGUUGGGGACAUGAGGUCUUUGGACGAUGAGAUUGCUUCGUUGGUUAUACCUCCGCCUCCGAGUUCAAGUGAUGAGGUUACAGGCGGAGUCGAUAACGCAUUGACGAUGAGUUCAUCGAGUAGUGGGGCUGGGUCUCCACUCAACACUGUCUUUGUGGUGACUUCUGUUCCUGGAAGUGCGUCCCGAUCUUCCUCUGGCGGGCCAGGGUCUCCGGUCUCGAAAUCUGUUGUAAGGGAACCGUUCAUAAGGCAAGCUUCAUCAGAAAGUGAUUCGACUGCACGAAGUCCUGUGAAAAAAACCGUUGAGGAUUAUAAGAAGUUGUUUUCAAAAGAGGAUGCAAGGACGUUUUCACAUUCUGAUCAUGAACUUAAGAGGGAUAUUGAUAAAAACCUUGUGAAGGCUCACAGUGAUACAAGUUUACUGCAGGAAAUCGAGAGUGAUAUUGGACGCAGUUUAACAGACCGCCCCCCUCCGCCAUUGAGGACAUCCUCGGUGGCCUCUGGUCUCGAUAACGAAAAAAAGGUGGUCAUUGUAAACAAGCCUGUUCCGGAUAAAGAAGUUGUGAUAAUUGACAAAACAGGGCCUAUGUCGUACGCUGACAACUGGGUGCAACAGGUCCAGAGUAGCCGGGAGGCUGCAAGUGAGACUUUGCCGUAUAAACAUGGCUCUGGGAGUGGCGGUUCAGCUGUAACAAGAAGGGCGUCUCUCCGGGAUGAACGCGCACACCCGAUCAUCGUCGAUUCAAAGAGACCAUCUUCCCUUGACCGUGUGGUUCAAAAACGAUCAGAUGGAUUACCGCCUAAGUUGACCUUCAUCCAAAGGUCAAGUUCAUUUCAAACCGGUGGGAAGCAUCGUACUUUGAUGUCGCAACAGGUCAUGCCAACUUCCGGUAAACUUGAUCUUGCCAAGUACACUUGUGAUAAAACGAAUCAGGAUAGCACCAAAGAUACCUCAGAAACCGAAAUUCCCAAACCGCUGAAAAGUAUUCUUAUCAAACGGACAGACUCGAUGAGUUCCGUGAACAGUGAUCCAGAAAAACCUAUCCCUAAGCCUCGCGUGAAACGGAGUGCGUCUCUAAACAGUCCGAAGCGCCGUUCCUCCUUCCCGCUCUCAGUACUACCUCAGGGUUGUUCGGAUGCGGAGAAAGUUUUAUUACGUGCUCAAAGCUCUGAUAAGAUAACCAGCCAGCCGCUGAAGUCCUCCUUUGGACAGAGGAUCAGUCGGCACAGUCCCUCGUCAGAUGCUCUUACCGUUACACCACCUACCUCCCUGACCCAGAACCAGCCAAAGGAUCAACCCGGUCACAAGCGGAGCAGCUCCUUGGACGUGCAGAGGUCGCUCAGUCCUCCUGCUGUUAGAGACGGACAUACAGCCUCACCUAGAGGGAGUUUGGGGAGUGUCCCGCAGAUUCGAAAUGCUCUGAAACCCGUUGGUUCAUCCGCUUCUUCGCAGCCACGAGAUUCCAUGAAGAAGCCCGGCCCCAUGAGAGUAAUACGACACUCUCUCACCCCGAGUGAGUCCGAUAGCAUCAGUGAAAACAACCGUGAUGUCUCCACAACGGAUAGUCGUUCCUCGUCUCGAAUGUCCCAGAGCACCUCCAGCGCCGUCUCGUCACCGCGAGAAAGCCCCCAACUCCGUCUUGCACAGUCCAAUCAAGGUUCUUCCACGUCGCUCAACGCAGAAAUACCAGAAACAAAUUUGAAUCGGACAAUCGAUUCCGCAUCUCUCAGUAAUCUCACUGGCGGUUUAAACAUUCCAAAUUUGUCCCAAUCGCAAAUGAGUCGCUCUUUGGACUUUUCAAAUUCAUCGGAUAAUACGUCGUCCAAUCAGACACUGCCAUUUCUCAAAUUGAAAACGAACCCGUUAGUUAGGGAGAUUCUCGAUCGUAACUACGAGGGCGAUGAAAGUUUCGAUCAGGCGAAUCAGGACGUUGAUUCAUUGGUGUUGGAAAUCGAUGCAACCUUAGGGAACGUGCGGCCACUUUCUAAACCUCAGCCGGAGCAGUUCAAAUUCUUCAAGGAGUCGCUUGUUUUUGAAUCGAGACAAUUCGUGACUGACUCGAAACUGCUUGUGUCGAGCACCACGCAAACACGAGAGAAGUUAGUCGAGAAUGUUAACUCUAGCAUGCACACCUUGACUAAGAUUGUCAACUAUGCGCAAGCUACAGUUAACGUCAUGACAAACGCACAACACAUCGAACUUCUUGGUCAGCGAAUACGUGAAGUUAUGGAGGCGUAUCGCGCAACCUUAAACGCGGCGGAUAUGGCGGUCGGGAAAACUAUGAGUGAUCCGGGUAUGAAGGUUCUGAUGAGGCAGGCGACUAGUUUAGCCGGCGUUCUAAGUUCGUUGAUGAAAAGUUUAAAGGGGUUAGACGAUCGAUGAUUUGUCGUCAUAAAGACGUUUCAGCUUGUGAUAUUCAGAGACGUUCUCCGUUUUCCAAAAUCCCUUAAUUUUCCAUCAUGUCAUGUAUCUUUUCGGUAUUCGUUUCAGAACACCAAAGUGUUAACAUACAUUGUAUGGUUAAAGAAUAUGAACACUCCCAUUCACGGGUAGGGAGAGAGGUGUAAUGGGAACACUCCCAUUCCAAGGGUAGGGGGAGUGGUGAAGAGAUUUUUAGGACGGCAUCACUUUCGAUGUUCAGGUAUAAAAAAGUUGUAGGUUUGAUUUUAAGAGAAACUCGGGAACUCAAGUUAAAGUGGUCUUCCCCUGAGAACUUUCCCUCUCUGGACUGAUUGUGGGCAUCGUCAUACAAAAAAACUGAAGUGUAGCUGCAGAUAUUUCAAGGGAUACAUGUAUAUCCACAUCCAUCCCCUGAGAACAUUCCCUCACUGUACUGAUUGUGGGUGUCAUCAUACAAAAAAACCGAAGUGUAGCUGCAGAUAUUUCAAGGGAUACAUGUAUAUCCACAUCCAUCCCCUGAGAACAUCCCCUCACUGUACUGAUUGUGGGUGUCAUCAUACAAAAAAAAAGAUGUAGGUAUUUCAAGGGAUAUAUAAUUAUAUCCACAUCCAUAUUUGUGCCACAAUUUGCACUUUGACCACAGGCAUUGGAGGUGUUCAUUAAAAUAACAUAUUCAUAAUUAUUCAGUUGAACUCUUGGCUUAUUUCCACUGCCUAUGGAAAUCGAGUAUCAAAUUGAAAAACACAACAAGAAAUGCCUAUAUGCAGAGAGGCCUUGUCUCUUUUUGAUCACAUAACAGGCCACAAAAGUGGAUUUUGAAUGUGAUUUUAAAGCGGGGAAGACCACUUUCAUGAUCUCAGUUGGGCUAUUUAUUUGACAAAAUCAUGUACGCUCUGUGAUAAUGAUGCUAUUGUUGUGUGUAUGAAUAUGCUAAAUUUAUUUCAAAUAUUAUUUCUUAACAAAUUACAGUCUCCUAUGCUAGUUUUACCACACUGAAUACGGCCUGUAACCAUGAGGCAGUAGCUGGAAGUAACAUACCAAAAUACAAGUGUGUCUGAGAAAUAGUAAAUGAGUUUGACCGCUUUAUAAAAGACUAGGCUAUUGAGAGAAAACUGCAGAAAAUUAAUGUGUCAUUAUCUAAUGGUACCUCAGAAAGUGCUGAUCAGACACUAAUGGUACCUGGUACCAGCAGAAACUGUCAAUGAUUAAUGUGUUUUCUCAAAAUAGCAUUGUCCUUUCAGGUUUAUAAGGUUUCUAAGUACAAAUGGAUAACUUCUUUUAAAUAAUCUAAAUGACAUUGUACUCCCAAAGUUCAGGAAUAUAUGCUAGUCAUCUGAUGAUAACCAAAUGAAGUAUUUAUGCCAUAAUUGUACAUCUGUUAUUUUGAUCUGAUCAAACUAACUUUGACUUAAUGAUUUCACAGAAAUAGAUGAUUUGGCACGGAAGAGUAUAAGAUGGAAAUUGUGGACUUGAAUGGAGGAAUAUUGGAGGAAACGUUUCCCUUAUGGAGUGAAUGCAACGUGUGAUAUCCUUUUUUUCCCAAAUUUUAUUCUUGUGUUCAGCAGAAAGCUGUGAUGUUUAAUUAUGGUUGCAACUCUUCUUUUAGUCAAGUCUCCAGCUGUUUGUAGAUGGCCAGUAAUAACCCCAAUCGGUUAGGAGAUGUGGGGGGGGGGGAAUAUAAAACAAAAUUGAGGUUGAAUGAGACCUUCCAGGUACUUUCCAAGUUUUGUACACUGUACCCAUGUAUUUCAGCUGGGCACCAGGCCCUUGAGCCUCUUGUUAGUCUUUGCUCUGCUCAAAAUUGAGAAGAGCAAGUUUGGGUUAAAAUUGUAAGCAUAUCCUGCUGGCUUGUUCAUGCACUGGUCAAUUUGAACCUUGCCCCCCUCCUCAAGCUGGUCUGAUGGUGGAUCUUGCCAAAUAUUCCUAAUCUAAGCUCUGGUCUUUAUUUAACGUAACUGCUAAAAGUGAAUCUUGAAGAAAUGUUUGGCUUCAGAAAGUGAAUUAUACAUUGAAUGUUUGCAAAACAGUAUGUAUGUCGAAUCUUGUGUUAAUCUUCUUCACCUAAUAUUCAUAUGCAAAGGUGAAACACAGCUACAUUCUUGAGGAGGGGCAGGACACAGUUUCCAUUGACUGUUGCAUAAAUCUAAAGAAAUGACUUGAGGGAUGGAGCAAUCUGCCUAGUGUUGGACUAGGACGGCUAUUUCCUUUUCUGACUUAAGCUGGAGGGGCCUCCUUUUUAUAUGGCUAUAUCACUCUUCAGAUGCCUGAUCCAACUCUGUGGUUAUGCACGACUUAUACAGGAUAAUAAUAUAUUAAAUGUACAUGUAAUAGCUAUAAUCAAAAGAAACUGUUUUUGAUGCUUGUAUAUAAGAUAUUUGAUGUAUGUUUGUUUUAUCAUGUCAAACUCUUUAACACUUUUGAAUUGGAGGAAGGUGAAUUGACAGGCAGGCAAGGAUCUCAUAUUGGCGAAUUACACUUAAAACUCAGCCUCUUCAACGUUUUUAAGGGCAAGCCUGACCACUAAUGGUGUCUGUCAUUAAUGGGUCUCCCUUUAAGGGCAAGAUUGCUGUCUACUAGUGUCUGUCAUUAAUGGGUCUCCCUUUAAGGGCAAGAUUGCUGUCUACUAGUGUCUGUCAUUAAUCGGUCUCCCUUUAAGGGCAAGCCUGCUAUCUCUACUGUUUCUGUGCAAAUCAUUCUCUGUAUGAUGAACAAGGAAAGUUAUUGUUGUACAGUUUGUAGGGGGAAUGGUCUUUUUGGGGACACCGGGAUUGCUCAAAAAUGACAAUCGGGAUUCGGGAUAAAGAAGAAAUUGACGAGGAAUCGGAUAAAAGUGCGAUUGGGAAAAGAUAUUUCCAAAGUAUGACGAACAGAAUUCCGGUUUUUCCCUUGAAUAUCUUAUCCAGAUCACCAAAAUGCUAUCCAAAAAAGUCUGGAUAUGGCAUUGUUUAUAACCGGAUGUCAGGACAGGUACCCCCUUUUCUCCCUCUUUAUAUUUACAAGCCUUGACUAAACUGAUCAAGGCUAUUUAAUGACUAAUCAAAAGAAGAAAAUAAAAUCAUGAUUAUAUUAAA